GCCUGUUAGUAACUGUCAAAAGCUAAGGAGUACGGAAUUCGUACGAUUAGGGUCCACUCCCAUCCGUUAAAAAAACUGUUGCAUGAUAACCUGCACAAUGAAGAAAUGGUAAUCUUAACUGUUCUUUCUACUAUAAUUUGCAGGUUAACAAUCUGGAAAUGCGAAUCAAAGAGCUCACCGAACAAAACAUGAGACUGAAGGACAAAGUUGUAGAGGCGCGAGAGAAUGGCAAAAGAUACCAAGAAGACCUGCUUAGGAGCCAACAGAGAUGUACGGAGAUCGAAAGCUGGAACAGCGGUAACCAGGAGAUGAAAAACAGUAUCAUAAAAAAGCUACAAGAAGAAAAAGAAGAGUUAGAUAAAGAAUUGCAAGCUUUGAAGAGGGACCUGGUAAGUCUUAACUUGUCCAAUGGAAAUGGUAACGAUGAUAUUGUGGAAUUGAGCACUGAACUAUCCCGAGCAAGGCAAGACCUUCAAGACUGUCAGGAGCGUUGUAAAAUGUUUCAGGAAGAGAAUCAGGCGCUGAAACAUGAUUUACAUGAGGCUGCAAAAAAGAUAGCGGCAAUGCAGGCGGAAGAAGGAUUUCAGGAAAUGCAGAAAAGUGGGCUGGAAAAUUGCCCUCUAUUGCAGAAACUAGACGCCAUCCGAAAUCAACUUCAAAUGUAUCGAGAAAACUGUUCUGGAUUAGAAAACGAAGUUAAGAUUUAUAAAGGAAAGUUUGAUGCUUGUAACGGGGAACUAAAGGCCAAUAAAACUCAGCUUGCUGAGUUAAAAGAAAGCUCGGAUAUUACCCGACAAGACAAGGCAAGACUUGACCAACUGUUAUCUGAGACACAAAUGAGGUUAACAAGCUCAGAGGGUGAUUUAAACGACUUGAAAGUCAAAAGCUUUUAUUCCAAGGAGCGAAUAAGAGACCUCGAAAUGAUGAUUCGUGAUCUUAAAAAGGAGAGAGACAACGAGUCCGAUGACCUAUCUAAUUCGGAGUCUCUCAAAACGGAAUUGGAAUCACCAGCGGAUACAAUAGAUCUUUUACAACAGAAUCAGGACUUAGAGGCCGGUAUGUCCAUGGUGAGUCGCAAGCUUUCUGAAAAAGAAGCCGAAUUAUGUCGCAGUCUAUCACAAAAUGAAGAGCUCAACUUGCAGCUAAAAGAAUCACUAGACAAAAUUGCAGAGUUAGAGUCGCACUCUGUGAAUGUCCAGAACCCUAAGGAUGAACGAAUGGAUGCUAAUACACUUCUACAACAAGCCAAGAGGCAGUCGACAGAAAUUCGCUUUACACUUCAAAGGAAAGAGAAAGAAAACAAAGAUCUGGAGAUGAAGCUAAAAGAAACUCGCGAGGAAAUGCAUAAAAUGGAAGUCCAAACGAACAUCGGUGAAGCACAAAGAUCUCAGCUUAGAGAAGAACUUGAGAAAGAGAGAGAACAAUUCUUAAAUUUACAGAAAGUCUACACAACUUUUCAGAAAAACCUUUCAGAAGACAGGGCAAGCCAAGACGCUUACAAACAGGACCUCGCAAUUAAAGAUACGACUAUUGCUGAGCUGAAGGCCAUGACUGCAAACAUGGAGUUGAAAUAUCACGAACUCAGUGAAAAAUACACCGCAAUUCAAGAGCUGCACGAGCAAUACAAAAAGGAAAACCAAGAAAUCGAAGAUGACCUCUUACAGACUCAAAGGGACAUGGCAGAUAUGCAAGUGGAUUUUAAGAUGGCCGAGAAUGAAAAAGAAGACCUAAUCCAAAAACUUCAAGCAGCUAAUAAAACCAUUGCUGAUCUACAGUCGAAGGUCAAGAUGGCUGAGCAAGGCAUCAGGGAGAAAGAACAUGAAAUGUCUUUGAAUAUACAACGACUGACAAGGAUGGAGGAAGACUUGGAAGAAGCGUCCAAAACUAAGUCCCAUCUGGAACUGGAACUUUACGAGAGCAAUACGAAUGCGAGAAGAAAAGAUGACGAGGAAAGCACUAUACAGAGGCAAAUGGAGGAGCUUCAAAGAGAGUGCGAGGGUCUUAGACAACAAGUGGCAGAGAAGGAGCUAGUCGUUGAGCGGCUGAAGGACGAGAUAAGUUCUCUGGAAACUGACUUGGGUACACUGAGAACCGAGUUGUCCUAUAAGGAUUCGCUAAAUGAAACAAGCAAAGAAGAGCUAAAAAGACUUGCCUUGAAGUUGAAAAGUAGCGAGGAAGAGAUCACCCGUCUAACAGACCUAUGCGAAAACACAAUGCAAGAGAAAGGUAGCCUUGAGAUCGACUUGUCAGUGGCCAAAAAGAAAAUUGAGACAAUGGAAUCUAAUCUGAAGGAAAACAGGGAGAAGGAAAACAAUCUGGUGAAGACUCUGCAGGAAGAACGUAACAAGUUCGUCUACAAGGAAACAGACAUCGCUUCAUAUCGCUCUAAAAUUGCAGCAUUGGAGUUGCAGAGUGGAACCCAUGCCAAAGAAAAAGAAGAACUUCGUUCCAAGGUUGACGAUCUUGAGGAGAAAUCAAACUUAUUGAAACACCAAAUGGGCGAAGUUAUGACUUCAAGGGAUCAAGCAAUCAGAAGGCGAAUGGAAAUGGAAGAAAAGAUAAUUGAAAUGCAACAGGAUCUGGACGAAUCCGGCAAGACAAGAACUCAAUGCGAGCAAGAGCUUCAGGAUUUAUGGAGCAAGAUCACCAAAUACGAGGUACAGAUUGAAUCUUUGAAAAGACAGAAUGAAGAACUAAAAGAAAAAUCUGUUGAGGCAAACAUUGAGAUCGUUAACCAGAGGGAUGAGUUGAUGAAGCUGGAAAUCGUCGCCACUGAGAGCGGAAAAAUGCUAGAAUAUGCUCAGUCCAACUUGGAGCAAAAGACGAAAGACUAUGAAGACGUCCAGGGUACAAUCAAAGGCUUGCAGGCCGAAUUGAAUAAAGUGAAAAACGAUUUGAUCACAAGGAAAAUGUCCCAGGAAUUCGCUUUGGAUGAAAACAAUAGGCUCGCCAGGAAGAUCGAAGAGCAAAAGGCGAAAUUAAGUCUCUUUGAGAAGGAAAUUUGUGAUGUAAAUGAAGAGAACACACGCCUCAACGCCCAUCUAGGAGGCCAAACAGCGAAAUUGAAUAACCUUCAUCUUCAACUGGGAUCAGCAACUCGAGAAAAAGAGCGUUUGAAAGAGGAUUUACAGGCUGCAGAGAAGAAAAUUCAGAAAAUCCAAGAGGACCUACUGCGAGCUCAUAACCAAGUUCGAGAAAAAGAAAGAAUCGCGGAGAGCUACAGGGUUGAGAUGACUGAAAAGGACAGUCAUGUGGAGCAGCUCAAAACCUUGAAGGAUUCCAUGGAAGAUAAAAUCCUCGCGCUGAAAAAGGAAUUACAAACCACAGCAUUCUAUCACGAGUCCAGCGAGUCAAAGCUGAAAGGUGCUCAAGACGAAGUAACUUCCUUGAAAUGUAAGCUGAGCCAGUAUGAGACCACUGUUGAUGCUCUCGUAAAAGAACGAGACGACAAAGACAAAGAACAGGAAAAUCGUCCUCAUCAGCAGCACUUUGAGAUGUUAUUAGAACAAGGCAGAGAACGGCAAGCCAUUCUUGAGAAAGAGAUCGAGAACAAUAAGGCCAAAAUCUCAAAACUGGAUCAUGACCUCAAAAUGUCUCGGCAAGAUUGCCUCGACUCUCAGUUCGAAAAUUCAAAGUCUCAAAGAAUCCUUGAAGAUCUAAAGGUAGCACAUGAACUGUGCGACAAGGAAAGAAGGGCCCUACGUGAAGAGGUACUUGAAGUGAACAGAAAGAUAUCAGACUUAGAACUCAAAUACGAGAACGAGCAGAGAGACAACUUUGUUCUGCAAAGUCAGUUAGAAGACGCAACAAACAGAGGGGAUACAAAUCGGAACGAGAUACUGAAGCUCAGCAAGCAAUGCGUGGAACAAAAGGUUCUUUUGGAUGCAGCCGUGAAGGAAAAUGAACUGAAAAAUUGCCAGAUAGAAGAGUUAAAAUCUGCAAAGGCACAUUUGGAAGAAAAAUCCGUGGAGUUGAGGAGCAAUCUGACCAGCGCAAUCGGUGAGUGCGAGAAGCUUCGAGGAGGACAUCAACAGCUUCAAGAAGAAAUCAUCACACAGCAGAGGAGUCUUUCAAAUCUCAAGGACCGACUGCAGAAAGCUACGAAGACCGAACAGAUGGCGCAAGAGGAGCUUCAGUUGAAGAUGUCGGAGAUUGAGUCAAUCAAUGAAGAAUUGGUGAAGGUGCACAACGAGAAAGAUGAACUAAGAAAGAAAGAGAAAAGAUUGGAAAACACCAUUUCCAAGCAACGUGAGGAUCGUGCUAUUGCUGAGAACCAAAUUGCAGAACUUCAAGGAGAAAUGUUACAAAGCAAGAAAGAUUUGGGGAUCAAGGAAAAUGAGUUAGAAGGCUUGAGAACUGACAAUGAUACAUUAAGGGAAGAAUUGGAUCAAACAAAAGAUUUAUUGAAAAGGUUGAAAAUCGAGCUCGAGUCCAUUCAAGACAACCAGGUGAUUGUUCAGUCUGCUCCACUGCAGAGUAGCUUAUACGACGAAGAUGAAUUCGAGGAUGGAGAAUCGGAGUUAACGCGAUUGAAAGAAAGCCUCAAAGAAACGGAAGAAAAUCUUCAGAAAAGCAUCGCAAGCGAACAUAGUUUACAAGAUCGGCUUGCGAAGGUAAAGAUUAAGAGCUCCCAAUUGGAAAACAACUUGCUCGCCUUGAAAGACAAGGAAAAUGUUUUGAAAGCGCGAAACGAUGAGUCCCAGAACAAGGUCGACAAAAUGAAAGCUGACUUGUUGAAAUCUAAAGAGGAAUUAAACAGAGCGAUGGAUCAGUUGGAGAUGACGGAGGGGAAAGUAGCUCAGCUUCAAGCACAAAACGACCAACUGGAAGCUGCCAAAACUCUUCUGGCUGAAGAAAUGAAGGAAGAACGAGGAAAGCUCAGGAAAGCCGAGGACGAGCUUCUUGAGGUUCAAUGCAAGCUCCAGGAACUACAAACUAAAUGGGACCACAGUGCAAGGACAGCUGAAGGCAAUGAGACUGUUGUAGAUACAGUUAAGUCCGAAAAGAAAUACUUGGAGAAGGACAUUGAGGCACUAAGAGACGAGCUGUCUUCGGCCCACGCCUUGAUGAACUCGACUUUAAAGAACAACAGAGAGCUCGACCAUGAGAAUUUCCAGUUGAAGAAAAUCAUAGCAGAAUAUGAAACUAGAGAGAAGGACUUUAGUGAAGAAAAUGACGAGCUCCGCAAAAGCGGAGCACAACACCAGAAGAUGAUAAAAGAACUGCAACUGCAGAUCCAACAGAAACAAAGGGAAAUUGCUGCCUUGAGAGAAGGGCUGGAAAAUGAGCGUCACAAGUUGACGGAAGCCAGAGAAGACUACGACAGCCUUAUGAAGGAUAUUUCACAAUUCAAAGGCGGAGUAAAAGAUUACAAAAAAGCAUUGACGGAAAAAGACGCACAAGUUCUCCUCUUGGAAAAUACGAAAACGAAUUUGGAAGGGGAUCUGAGAAGAGCAGUUUUAAAAAACAAACAAGCACAAGAAGCUUUUGAUCAAGAAGCGCAAAAGCUUAACGGUAUUAUCCAAGAAAAGGAUAAUCGGAUCUCGGAGCUAGAUCACAGCGUUUCAAAGUUGAAGGAGCGAAACAAAAAGUUGCAGACGGACCUAACUGAGCUUAAAGCGAGCGCCAGUGAGCACAGAACGCAACUCCAAAACGCUCAGAAAGAGAUCAAGAAACUGAACAAUGAACUUAUGUCGCAAGGUCCCGUUAUCGCAGCACUCCAGGCCAAAAACGCCGUGUCUGAUGAAGGUAAACAAAGUCUUAAAGAUGAGCUCAAUAAAAUGAAGAGGCAGUGCUCAGAGCAGGAAAUCCAGAUAGAGGCUUUAAAACAUGAGAACGACAGACUGCAGCGCAAACUGAAUGAAGUUCAUACUCCUAAAAGUUCACCCGUGAAAAAACCACAGACACCCACGAACAAAAUGGAGCCAGACUUCGUCAGCCAUAAGAAAUUAAUUGAGCUGGAGAACGCUUAUUCUAACAUUGCACUUGAAAAAGAAGACGCUGAAAACAAGAAUACUAGCUUGAAAGAGAAGAUUCUCGAGCUGGAACAAGAAAACAACACCUACCUUACAGUGAAAGAUUCUUUGGAAAAAGAAAUCGCAUGGAAGGAUAGUCGAAUAACCGAGCUCGAAGAGUCGUUGCGCAAAACUGAACUCGACCGAAAUGAAUUGCAGACGGUUUCCAAAACCAUGAACGAAAUUGAAUCAGAGUUAAACUCCACCCAAAACACCGUGUCCGGAUUGGAAGAAUGCAAUGCCACUUACAAAGAAAUGAUUAACCAUUUAGAGGGUCAACUAGCAGAGAUUCAACAAAAGAAUUCACAGCUUGAAAACUCCUUGGAAAAUAGUCAAGGCAAGUUGGACUCUCAGAAAAAGGAAUUAUUGGAGGCCUUGAGGAGCGUUUCUGAGUUAGAGAGCACGAAGCAAUCAAACGCCAGUAACAAAGACGAGCUGCUAAGGGACUUGCAAUCUAGCAAGAACAAGAUUUCGUCGCUGGAGGAGGAAUUAUACAAUUCUGCCAGAGAACAAGCAAAGGCAAAUCUCUCGGUCAAAGAAGCAAAAGAGCAAAAUGGCAAACUGAGAAAGGAGUUGCAACAGCUGCAAAGUCGGCUGAGAGAAGACAAGCACGACCGUGAUAUAGACGCAAAAGAACUCCGAGAGAAAAAUGAAACAAUAAAGAAAUUACAAAGAGAAAACGGCGAGCUUGAAAACGAACUUUCAGCGGCAACUAAAGAAAUGAGUGCAAAGGCAACUGAAUUUCUGACUUUGAUGAACAAGCAUGAGGAAGUGCAAGAGGACCUCGACGCGUUGAGACGAAAGAUUCCUGAGCUCGAGUCGAGUUCGAUGAAAGAAAAAGCAGAAAACGAGAAACUGAGGUUGGAGAUUUCCGCCACUCGCCAGCUGUACAAAGAUUUGAAGAUUGCCUAUGACAAUCUCCUGGAGGAGAUAAACAAUUCUGAAGACCAACUUCAAGACAAGGAAUUGCUCAAAUCAGCCGAGCUGCAAAAGGCAAUGCUGGAGAAGGAUCAACUGAACAAUGAGGUUCAGCUAGCGAACAAGAGGUUGGCAAUGCUAAAAGACAAUAAGGAGAAAGUUCAACGAGAGAAAAAAGAACUGGAGCAGAAACUGAAGAUGAUGCAGCAAAGGCUCUUGAUUUUGGAAGCGGACGAGAAGGCGGUCGAUACCAUAAAAACUCUCCAAAGAGAACUCGAUGAGGGCAAACAAAAGAUCCAAGAUUUAAAUACAAUGUAUGAAGCUGUAAGGUUGGAGCGUGACAAUCUUCGCAGAGAAAGCACAAAGCCAAUAUCGCCGAGAACGUUUGCGAAAUACGAAGCAAAACCGAGAGGAACCAGUGCUUAUCUCGAUACCUUGGCGCAGAAAAGCAAGCUACAAGAACAGGGUGCAGCUAAAACGGACAUGCUUGAGGCCCAGGCGAGAGCAAUGCUUCUCGAGGAGAAACUCAAAACGGCUCGUGAGCGACUUGACGGAUUGAAGAACUUUCCACCACCUAGCGAAGAUAGCAGAUCUGAGAGCGCAGAAAGUGUGUCGGAGGAGUCAACAAAUGGAGACGAGACUCAAGAAUCGUGACAGCUCGGACUUACAGCGCAAGACUCUUCACUACUAAACAAAAAAGAAAGCAAAUGGCUGCGGAUUGAGCGGUAAAUUUAAGUUCGAAAGUUUUCAAUUGGCGAGAUUAUUGGUCAUAACGAGCAACGCCAAAGACCUUAUAUAAUUAGCAAAAUUAUAAAUUGCAGUCCCGGAAUGUUCAAGGAUGGAUAACGUUAACCGCUGAAUAAAUCAAUAUCCAGUAGAUUACUAAACACGACUGAAUAGUGAACGUCAUCCAGUACAGAGGCCAGCUCAAACAGCGAAAACUGGAGAGACAUCAUUGGUGGUUUACCCUCUAGGGGAACAAUGGUCAUCAGAAAGAGCGAGCGGUGUCCACUUUAGGCCAGGCUGUAAUGUUCUGCCUUAAAACGUAUCCAAUAGGGCGUUUUCAGUUGAGUGUCGUAAAACCAAAACCAAACCAAUUACAUACCAGUUAGCCAAUCUCAAGCCGUAGUAAAACCAAAACCAAAGUAAUUGUCUGAUUAUCUUCGACACUCAAUUGAAAACCGUUCUAGUCUGCAGUAAAAAGAUAGAGCGGUUGAGUGUUGAGUGUCGUAAAACCAAACUAAACCAAUUACUUACCAAUUAGACUACUCAACCAAACUUGAACCGGCCGUA